UCUCUCGUGACUGAACCGCUCUUGGAAUGGACUUGUAUUCUUCUACCACAACUAUUUUCCUCUAAACACUUCCCGCCCUAACCAUGUCAAGCUGGAUUGCACUGAAGGACGCUUGUAUGAGGCUGGUGGUCGAUGUGAAUGAAGCCCAGAGAAUGAGGUUGUAAAAUCAGCUGAGGACCUAAGGAAGAGGGAGUUGCUUCUGGAAAGCCACCAAAUUGCUAAAGUCCCCUCAAAUAUCGAACGCCCCAACCAGGAUUACCUUCACCAACUAAGCCUCCACUCCCUCCCCUCACCGCCAUGUCCUCCCACCAUUACCCCUCCCUCCUCCUCCUCCCAACCCUGUUCCUCCUCACCUCCUCCAGAACCUUCUCGUCAUCACCAUCCCCCUUUCUCUCCUUCUCUCCACCGGAAGGAGGGCUCACGCAUUUGGUCGUCAACAACAAAACCGGCGAGAUCUACCUUGGUGCUGUCAACUGGAUUUACAAGCUAUCGAGCAACCUCACCAAACUUCGGAGCCAUGUUACCGGACCGGUCACUGAUAACCCUCGCUGCUAUCCCCCGCCCGGCGUCCAAUCCUGCCCUCACGAAUUAAUCCAAACUUCCAACGUCAACAAGCUCCUCUUACUCGACGCCGCCCACAACCGCCUAAUCGCGUGCGGAAGUACUUCUCAAGGGAUCUGCCAGUUUCUUCGCCUGGAUGACUUGUUCAAACUUGGCGAACCCCAUCAUCGCAAGGAGCACUACCUAUCCAGUGUGGCCGAAGCAGGUACUAUGUCCGGAGUGGUGAUCUCCCCGGAUAUCUUUGGAGGUGGAGGGAAGCUUUUCGUUGGAACGCCCAUUGACGGAAAGUCGGAGUACUUCCCAACCUUGUCAAGCAGGAAGCUGAUGUCCAAUGAGGAGAACGCUGAUAUGUUUAGCUUUGUCUACCAAGAUGAGUUUGUGUCAUCGCAGUUGAAAAUUCCUUCGGACACGCUGUCGAAAUUCCCAGCGUUCGACAUCUACUACAUCUACGGUUUUAACAGCGAGCAGUUUGUGUACUAUCUCACCCUCCAACUGGACACUCAGCUUACCUCUCCAGACGCCAGCAGUGAACAGUUCUUCACAUCCAAAAUCGUGCGUCUUUGCGUUGAUGACCCCAAAUUCUACUCGUACGUUGAAUUCCCGAUUGGUUGCACGAAAGACGGCGUGGAAUAUCGUUUGGUUCAGGAUGCCUAUCUUGCCAAACCUGGAACUCGCUUGGCACGCUCCCUAGGUAUUCCGGAACACGAGGAGGUCCUAUUCACAGUCUUCGCCCAGGGUCAGAAGAACCGCGCCAAGCCGCCCAAGGAGUCUGCGCUCUGCCUAUUCACGAUGAGGAAGAUAAAAGAGAAGAUUAAGGAGAGGAUUCAGUCGUGUUACAGAGGGGAGGGGAAACUGUCACUACCCUGGUUGCUGAACAAGGAGCUAGCCUGCAUCAACUCGCCGUUGCAGAUAGAUGACAACUUCUGCGGCCAGGACUUCAACCAGCCUCUAGGGGGCACCUCCGCCAUCGAGGGCAUUCCUCUGUAUGUGGACAAAGAGGAUGGCAUGACCUCUAUAGCUGCGUAUGACUACCGCGGGCACACUGUGGCCUUCACUGGCACCAGGAGCGGACGGAUCAGGAAGUUGUUGGUGAACUCCGUGGUGCAGCCGGCUUUGCUGUAUGAGAACGUGGUUGUGAGCGAAGGCAGCCCCAUCCUCAGAGACCUGCUGUUCAGUCCGGACCACCAGUACCUAUACGCCCUCACUGACAAACAGGUGACUCGCGUGCCGGUGGAGAGCUGUGAGCAGUACACUUCCUGUGGAGAGUGUCUGGGAUCAGGAGACCCUCACUGUGGUUGGUGUGUGCUCCAUAAUAUAUGCUCGAGGAAGGACCGCUGUGAGAGAGCCGAAGAGCCCCAGAGAUUCACCACCCGGGCGGAGCAGUGUGUGCGCCUGUCUGUGCAACCACACAACGUCUCUGUCACCAUGUCCGAAGUACAGCUGAUCCUCCAGACACAGAAUGUGCCGAGCCUGUCUGCUGGAGUGAACUGUUCUUUUGAGGACUUUGUGGAGACAGAAGGACGCAUCUAUGGAGGACGGGUCUUCUGUCUGUCCCCAGCUACAAAAUAUGUGGCUCCCAUCACACGAGAUCAAGGUGACCAGCGCAUCAUCAAGCUCUACCUGAAGUCCAAAGAGACGGGGAAGAAGUUCGCCAGCGUGGACUUUGUCUUCUACAACUGCAGUGUGCACCAAUCAUGUUUAUCCUGUGUGAAUGGAAACUUCCCGUGUCACUGGUGCAAGUACCGGCACAUGUGCACCCAGGACGCCAGCGACUGCUCCUUCCAAGAGGGCCGCGUCAACACCUCUGAGCUGGCACUCUCGCUUCUUGCUGAGUGUCCUCAGAUCCUGCCCUCCACACAGAUCUACAUCCCGGCCGGAGUCAUGCGCCCCAUCACCCUCCUGGCCCAGAACCUCCCCCAGCCGCAGUCCGGACAGAGGAACUACGAGUGCAUUUUCCACAUCCAGGGGAGCAGCCACAGCGUUCCUGCUCUGAGGUUCAACAGCACCAGUAUCCAGUGUCAGAAGACCACGUACGACUACGAAGGAAGUGACAUCAGCGACCUCCCCGUGGACCUCUCCGUGGUGUGGAACGGAAACUUCGUCAUUGACAACCCCUUCAACAUCCAAGCUCACCUGUACAAGUGCCGCGCCCUCCGGGACAGCUGUGGCAUGUGUCUGAAGGCCGACCCCAGGUUCGAGUGCGGCUGGUGCGUUCAGGAUAAGAAGUGCUCCCUCAGACAGGAGUGCACCAGCGGAGGCAACUCCCACUUGCCCCUCACCCUGUCCGAGCCUGGCUGGAUGCAUCCUUCCUCUGGGAACAGCCGCUGCACUCACCCCAAGAUCACCAAGUUGUUCCCAGAGACGGGGCCUCGUCAGGGCGGCACCAGAGUGACCAUCCUGGGUGAAAACCUGGGUCUGCAGUUCAAGGACAUCCAGAUGGGGGUGAGGCUGGGGAAGGUGCCAUGUGUGCCCAUCGAGGACGAGUAUGUCAGCGCUGAGAGAAUCGUGUGUCUGCUGAACGACGCGACUGGAUACAGGGUGCAGGAGGCCCAGGUGGAGGUGUGCGUACGGGACUGCAUCAGCGACUACCGGGCCCUCUCCCCCCGGCCCUUCACCUUUGUGACUCCUUUCUUCACCCGGAUCCAGCCUUCCCAAGGGCCCAUCUCUGGAGGGACCAGGGUCACCAUCGAGGGAGCCUACCUGAAUGCAGGCAGCUACGUGAAUGUCAACAUCGGACAGCAGCCCUGCCACUUCAAAAAGAGAAACGCUCGUGAGAUCGUGUGCGUGACCCCGGCUGGACUGGCCCCUGGUAGUGUGUCAGUUCUGGUGGACAUAGACGAAGCUGAACUCAGGAACCCAGAAGUCAAGUUCAACUACACCGAGGACCCCACUGUUCUCAAGAUAGAGCCUGACUGGAGCAUUGCCAGUGGUGGUACUCUGCUGACCGUGAGUGGAACCAAUCUGGCAACCAUCAGGGAGCCGAAGAUCAGGGCCAAGUAUGGACAGGCCGAAUCAUUCCACAACUGCACAGUCUACAACAACUCAGUUAUGGUGUGCCUGGCUCCCUCCGUGGCCGAUUCCGAGUUGGGAUUCGCAGAGACCGGCACAGGUCCAGAUGAGAUUGGAUUCUACAUGGACAACGUGAACGCCUUGGUGGUGGUCAAUGAGACUUUCAGCUACUACCCAGACCCCGUGUUUGAACCACUGAGCCCAACUGGGAUACUGGAACUCAAGCCCACCUCUCCGCUCAUCCUCAAGGGUCGUAACUUGAUCCCGGCAGCCCCAGGGAACAAUCGUCUGAACUACACGGUGCUGAUCGGGGAGACGCCCUGUGUGCUCACUCUGUCUGAGAGCCAGCUGCUGUGCGAAUGGCCCAACCUCACCGGACAGCACAAAGUCACGAUCCGUGCAGGGGGCUUCGAGUACUCUCCCGGGACACUUCAUAUCUACUCAGACAGUCUGCUCACUCUGCCCGCCAUCAUCGGGAUCGGAGGGGGCGGCGGCCUUCUCCUAUUGGUCAUCAUUGCCGUGCUCAUCGCCUACAAGAGGAAGUCCAGGGACGCGGACCGCACUUUGAAACGCCUGCAGCUCCAGAUGGACAACCUGGAGUCCCGGGUUGCACUGGAGUGUAAGGAAGCCUUUGCAGAGCUGCAGACAGACAUCCAUGAGCUGACCCAGGAGUUAGACGGUGCCGGGAUCCCCUUCUUGGACUACCGCACCUACGCCAUGAGGGUUCUAUUCCCAGGGAUCGAGGACCACCCGGUGCUCAAGGAGAUGGAGGUUCCAGCGAAUGUGGAGAAGGCUCUGACGUUGUUUGGCCAGCUGCUCACCAAGAAGCACUUCCUGUUGACUUUUAUCCGUACCCUGGAGGCUCAAAGGUCCUUCUCCAUGCGGGACAGAGGAAACGUGGCUUCCCUCAUCAUGACCGCUCUGCAGGGGGAGAUGGAGUACGCUACGGGGGUCCUAAAGCAGCUCCUGUCCGACCUGAUCGACCGCAACCUGGAGAGCAAGAACCAUCCCAAACUACUGCUCAGGAGGACCGAGUCUGUGGCAGAGAAGAUGCUGACCAACUGGUUCACCUUCCUGUUAUACAAGUUCCUCAAGGAGUGUGCUGGAGAGCCCCUGUUCAUGCUGUAUUGUGCCAUCAAGCAGCAGAUGGAGAAGGGCCCGAUCGACGCCAUCACCGGAGAAGCCCGCUACUCCCUGAGCGAGGACAAACUCAUCCGACAGCAGAUAGACUACAAAACACUGACUCUGCACUGUGUGAACCCAGAGAACGAGAACUCAUCGGAGGUGACGGUGAAGGCUCUGAACUGUGACACCAUCACUCAGGUCAAAGAGAAGCUGCUGGAUGCUGUGUACAAGGGCAGCCCCUACUCCCAGAGGCCCAAGGCGUCUGACAUGGACCUGGAAUGGCGUCAGGGUCGAAUGGCACGGAUCAUUCUCCAGGACGAAGAUGUCACCACGAAGAUCGACAAUGACUGGAAGAGACUCAACACUCUGGCCCACUAUCAGGUGACGGAUGGUUCGGUGAUCGCUCUGGUGCCAAAGCAGAACUCUGCCUACAACAUCUCCAACUCCUCCACCUUCACCAAGAGCCUCAGCAGAUAUGAGAGUAUGUUGAGGACAGCCAGCAGCCCUGACAGUCUCCGCUCCAGGACGCCCAUGAUCACCCCAGACCUGGAGAGCGGCACCAAACUGUGGCACCUGGUGAAGAACCAUGACCACUCGGACCAGCGCGAAGGAGACCGGGGCAGCAAGAUGGUGUCUGAGAUCUACCUGACCAGGCUCCUCGCGACUAAAGGUACACUGCAGAAGUUCGUGGAUGACCUCUUUGAGACCAUCUUCAGCACAGCGCACAGAGGCAGCGCUCUCCCUCUGGCGAUCAAGUACAUGUUUGACUUCCUGGACGAACAGGCUGAUAAACACUCCAUCAACGACUACGACGUCAGGCAUACAUGGAAGAGCAACUGCCUUCCCCUGAGGUUCUGGGUGAAUGUGAUAAAGAAUCCUCAGUUCGUCUUUGACAUCCAUAAGAACAGUAUCACAGACGCCUGCCUGUCUGUGGUGGCUCAGACCUUCAUGGACUCCUGCUCCACCUCAGAACACAAACUGGGCAAAGAUUCACCCUCCAACAAGCUGCUCUACGCUAAAGACAUCCCCAACUACAAGAACUGGGUCGAGAGGUACUACUCGGACAUCUCCCGAAUGCCCGCCAUCAGCGACCAGGACAUGAGCGCGUACUUGGCCGAGCAGUCCCGCCUCCACCUGAGCCAGUUCAACAGCAUGUCAGCGCUGCACGAGAUCUACUCCUACAUCGUCAAAUACAAGGACGAGAUCCUGACGGCGUUACAGAAGGACGAGCAGUCGCGCAGGCAGAGGCUACGUGGCAAACUCGAGCAGGUCAUCGACACCAUGUCCAUGACCAGCUGAGAACCGGCCAAUCACAGCCCCCAGCCCUCCGCCCUCCAGCCCCGAACUGGCCAAUCAACACGCCUUCCCUGACGAUCUUGUGAC